UAAGGGGCAGGUGGCUCACUCACUACCUUGUAUCCCUGCAUUCCUGCAUCUCCCCCAUUGAACUGUUGUCCAAAUUCCCACCUGAUGAACAACACUUAUAGCCAUCUGCUGCCGCUGGACCUUCAGCUCAAUGAAACCACCAGGGAGUCUCUGGCUGGGGAGGACGAACAGGGGAACCUGACCGGCAUCGAGCCUGGUCUGUGUGAGGCAGUCCACAUCCAAGCUGAGGUGUUCCUGACACUGGGGAUCGUCAGCCUUCUGGAGAAUAUCUUGGUGAUCUUGGCAGUGGUGAAGAACAAGAACCUCCACUCACCCAUGUACGUACUCCUGUGUAGUCUUGCUGCUGCUGACAUGCUUGUGAGUGUCUCCAACUCACUAGAGACGGUGGUUAUCGCUGCGCUGAACAGUCGGUUGAUUGUGGCAGAUGACCACUUUAUUCAACUCAUGGACAACUUCUUUGACUCCAUCAUCUGUAUCUCCCUGGUGGCCUCAAUCUGUAACCUUUUAGCUAUCACCAUUGACCGUUACGUGACCAUCUUCUACGCCCUACGCUACCACAGCAUCGUGACGAUGCGGCGGGCUGUCCUGGCCAUCGGUGGCAUCUGGCUGACAUGUGUGUUCUGUGGGAUAGUCUUCAUCGUCUACUCAGAGAGCAAGGCAGUCGUUGUGUGUCUGAUCAUCAUCUUCUUCACCAUGCUGGUGCUCAUGGCCACUCUGUAUGUUCACAUGUUCCUGCUGGCGAGGCUUCACAUCAAGCGCAUCGCUGUUCUUCCCGCGGAGGGUGUGGUGCCCCAGAGGACCUGCAUGAAGGGAGCCAUCACCAUCACCAUCCUCCUAGGGGUGUUCGUAUGCUGCUGGGCACCUUUCUUCCUUCACCUCAUCCUCCUCAUCACCUGUCCCAAGAACCAGCUCUGUGUCUGCUACAUGUCCCACUUUACCACCUACCUGGUGCUCAUCAUGUGUAACUCUGUCAUAGACCCCGUUAUCUAUGCCUUCCGCAGUCUCGAGAUGCGCAAAACCUUCAAGGAGAUCCUCUGUUGUUUCAGUGGCACUUGUAGUAUUUUCCACUGUAAAUACUGA